UUGACUGCAUGUGAAAGAUUUUAUCGGCACUGAAGGCCAUGCUGCAAGCUGGAUUAAUACGCUUGCAAUGAUUUCUUAUCUCGUUGUAAUUUCAAGUUUUCCUUUGCUGGUUUAUUAAUAUUUAUUGCAUGGUGAUUUGUAUCGACUUCAACUGACUCCAGUCUCUCUUCGCCGGCAGUACAUUCCUCACCACUCGCUUCAGUUUGAUUCUCAGUUUGAUUCUAUUCAUUCAAUUCAAUGGCCAUGCUGGAGCGAAAGUCUUCCUCAAUAUUUUUCAAGUGUCAGUGGUUAGUCGACAUAAAUCAUCAUGUCAACACAGAAUUGAAUAUUUUAAAUUAAAACUAAAUAACUAUCACCUGCGAAAUCCCAGAAUUCUUGAUGUUCUCUGUUACCGUGGCUGACCGAAGUUAAAACAUUCUAUCUUGUUUUAGAACCGAUCGACAAAAAUUUCUAAGGAUGUUGUGGUUGAGUCGUCGAGUGAAAUUAAAUGGCUAUGAAUCGGUCUGACAGAUGUCGACGAAGGACGAGUGAGCGGCAAGUCAUUUAAAGGUGGGCUAGUCCUCAGUCGAGCUUAUCAAACUGCUCUUGGAAAAGUUGACUGAGAUGCAAGUCUCAUUCUUGGGUGCUUAGCCAAAAAUCAUAGUGUGGAUUAAGAAGGUGGAAAAGACGGUCUCAUAGAUCAUGAAGUCAAGAACUGCUACUGUUUCUGUCAAACAAGCUACAGAGAGACAACUCAGAACAAAUGACCACGAAUAUAAUUCUUCAUUCCAAUAUGUUGACAAUUACAUCAGGACAUCAAAGUACACUCUUCUCACCUUUUUACCUCUCAACUUGUUUGAACAAUUCCGGAGGGUAGCCAACUUGUAUUUUUUACUUCAAAUCAUUAUCAUGUCCAUUCCCAAGAUCACGGCAUUAAGUCCAGAAGCCACAGCAGUUCCUCUUGUAUGUGUCUUGGCUGCAACAGGAAUCAAAGAUGCUGUGGAUGAUAUUAAACGACACAGAAGUGAUGAUGAAGUCAACAACAGAAAGGCAAAGGUUCUUGCUGAGAAUAGACAAAAGGAAGAGAGCUGGAUGAAACUUCAAGUUGGUGACAUUCUCAGAAUAGACAGUGAUGAUCAAAUUCCUGCAGAUAUAGUGGUCCUCAGCACUAGUGAGGAAAAUGGCUUGUGUUACAUUGAGACGGCUGAGUUGGAUGGGGAAACCAACCUAAAAUGUCGUCAACCUCUUCCUGAAACUGGAGAGCUUGGUGACGAUGAAGAACAACUUUCACAAGUUAAAAUUGAAAUUAGUUGUGAUCCACCCAACAACAGAUUGGACAAGCUCAAGGGAAAGUUAACGUAUGAAGGCAAACAGUAUCCUUUGGACAACGAGAAUGUCAUUUUACGGGGCUGUGUGCUGCGUAACACUAAAUGGGUGUAUGGUGUGGUCAUAUAUGCUGGUCAUGACACUAAACUCAUGAUGAAUACUGGGGUCAGUAAAUUCAAGAGGACAGGUCUGGAUAAACUCACUAACAAUCUUAUCUUGUGGGUAAUUUUAGGUGAGAGUUACAAACGAAACUUAAUAGGUGUGCGUUUGAUUCCAUCUGUGCUUGGUUGUUAUCUAGGGGUCAGUAAAUUCAAGAGGACAGGUCUGGAUAAACUCACUAACAAUCUUAUCUUGUGGAUUGCUGCCAUUUUAGGUAUUAUUUGUACUCUUCUUGCCAUUGGAACAACAGUGUGGGAGGAAAUAAUUGGAAAGCAUUUCCAAAUAUAUCUACCAUGGGAGGAUUUCUACAAAGACAGUGUUGUGAUCAUUGGUAUUGUCCACUGGCCAUCAUUUAUCAUGGUGUUAAAUACACUUAUCCCAAUUUCACUGUACAUUAGUGUUGAAGUGAUUCGUCUUGGUCAAAGUUUAUGGAUAAACUGGGACGUUAACAUGUAUUAUGAAAAGAAGGAUACUCCAGCUGUGGCAAGAACAACCACCCUAAGCGAGGAACUUGGCCAAAUUCAAUACAUCUUCUCUGAUAAGACUGGAACACUGACACAAAAUGUGAUGACUUUUAAGAAAUGUUCAAUAAACGGGAGACUCUACGGUCACAUUGAGGGCGAAAGUGCAGGGAAUCCUGGAGAAACGCUUGUUAGCUCAGUAUCUAUCAGAGAGGAAGGCGCACCAGAUGUGGACUUCUCCAAGAAUCCUUAUGCUGACGGAAAAUUUAAAUUCAAUGACAAAACUUUGAUGGAUGAAAUAGACGUAGGCAAUAAGGAUUGCCAUGAGAUGUUCCGUUUAUUAGCCGUCUGUCAUACAGUUAUGGUUGAGUCAAACAACGGUAAUUUGGAGUAUCAGGCCCAGUCUCCCGACGAAGCAGCUCUGGUCACGGCUGCAAGGAACUUUGGAUUCACCUUUGUGGAACGUUCACCCACCACUAUCACCAUUGAUGUGUUAGGGAAACAGGAGAUGUACGAGUUAUUAGCCAUUCUGGAUUUCAACAAUGAGCGAAAACGGAUGUCGCUUCGUCUUGCAGAUACUAUCGUUUACGAACUUCUCGAUCAUUCUUGUAAACCGCUCAUGACGAAAACGAUGCAGCAUUUGAACGUUUUUGCAGCCGAAGGUUUACGCACCUUGGUAGCAGCUUACAAAGACAUACCUCUGGACGCGUACAAGGAAUGGGAAACUAAAUACAAAGAGGCGAGUUUGGCCAUGGACAAUAGAGACGAGCUAGUUCAAGAGACGCCCGCAGUUGUAGACUUAAAGGCUCGUGAAGACUUACUCCGUUGGUAUUGUUUAUCUAUUCUUUGGUUAUCUUCUUGCGGUUUUCUAUUCCUUACAGAGACAGCCAUCAACAUUGGCUACUCGUGUCAUCUGCUGACCGAUGGCAUGACGGAAGUGUUUAUCAUCAAUGGAGAAACUCUAGAAUCCGUUCAGCAGGCUAUAGCUGAAUACAAGAACAAGAUUUUGGGCGGAGCUUCAACAACGAAAGCACAGAAAGAAAACAGCCUCAGGGAUGUCGACGUCGAAGUGUUAUCGUACAAAUCUUACAAGGAUACUCCUGCGGGGGAGAUACCAACCUCUACACAGAAAGAAAAGAAAGAAGAAACGUUUGGACUUGUUAUUCCUGGAAAAAGUUUAGCAUUUGCACUUCACGAAAGUUUAGAGAAAGAAUUCCUGUCGUUAGCGUGUCUUUGUAAGGCGGUAAUAUGUUGCAGAGUCACCCCUCUACAAAAGGCGCUGGUGGUGCAGCUGGUAAAAAACAAUCUGCAGGCUGUGACACUAGCCAUUGGAGAUGGAGCAAAUGACGUCAGCAUGAUUAAAGGUAUGGCCUUCUUUUAUUUUCAGACACUAUAUGAUGCGUGGUUCAUCUCAUUUUAUAACGUGUUUUUCACCUCGGCGCCGAUCGUGUUUUUAGCUGUUCUCGAUCAGGACGUUUCGGAGACAAGUUGUUCAAAGUAUCCUCGUUUGUACAUACCUGGCCAAAAGAAUCUAUUGUUCAACAAGAAAAUCUUUUUCAUGAGCUUGUUGUACGGAACCCUGACAUCCCUAGCAAUCUUCUUCAUCUCAUACGGUGUCUUCCAGGAUCGUAUAGCAAAUGAUGGUUUAGAGACAUCUUCUGUCUACUUCUUUGGCACUGUGGUGGCAGCUAUUCUGGUGGUCGUUGUAAACAUCGAGAUCUCGUUUCUCACACAAUACUGGACGUGGAUAAAUCACUUUUUCAUUUGGGGAAGCAUCAUCUUUUACUUUGUGUUCUACUUCGCAUUUUACGCCGAGUUCGUGUUCAACCUCUUUCCUCAAGGCCACUACUAUGGCAUGCAGUUCGAGGUUUACGGCAGUGGAGCGUUCUGGUUCUGCUUGUUUCUCGUUCUUGUCGUGACAAUUACUCCUCGUUUGUCCUACUACUUUAUUGAAAAUGAACUGUAUCCAUCACUCAGCGACACUGUGAGGCGACAAGAGGCGCACAAGAGACUCCAAACCAGUCUACCCUUGACAGAGUUUAAGCCUCAGCUGGUUCGUAGGCGAAGUUCUAAGCGCUCCAGUUAUGCCUUUGCCCACCAGGAAGGAUUUGGCAAAAUUGUCAUGUCACCUAAAACGUUUUUGAGGAAAAAACUACGUUCAGGAACAUCAAGUAAAAAUGAUGUAGUUACGGUGUGAAUGCGGUGAAAUAUUUUGUUAUAUUGAGUCUAUUAGCUUUUACCUCUCAUGCACGUCAAAUUUAAAGUAAAUGGGAGUUCUUGAAAAUCCCGCCGUUAAAUUUGAAUUUAAAGUGCGUGCAAACCGAUACUUUUUUAGCUCUGUUUUAAUUCAGAUGACUUCGAUACUACAAAAAGAGCACGAUUUAAUCAACCGUAGGAAAACUCAAUGAAAGAACUUGCAACAUUUUCCACGCAGGAAGUGAGCGGCGUCACUAGUAUCAAUUCGGUUCGUAUGCACCUUCGUACACCGAUUUAUCGUCUAGUUAGAUAGACUAAGAUACAUUUUAUAUUUGAGGCAUUUUACAAGGAUCGUGUAGAUACAGAAGUGGAAACUUGGUAUAUUUUGGUAAGUAGUAGAAUAUAAGGUUUGGAAGCACAUUUUUUUACACCCGUUUUGUCAAGGGAAAUUAGCUUAGUAGAAACUCUUACUCUGAAGUUCAAUGCUUCCACUUUGCAUAGUAUUGUUUCUACCACUGUGCGCAGUUAGAUUUUAACGUAACCAAGGUUCUGGUGCGAAAAUGUUUAUUUUAUCAUACAUACAUGUAUGCUCCAAAUCUGGCAAAACGUUCCUUUUUAAAUGAUUUUUAUUUUUCUUCGUAAAUAACCGUUGGUGUAUGCUUUGAUAGCAUUUUGGCCAAUGUCCAGGAUGUAACGAUUCAUCCUUUUGGUGUGUUUGCAAUAGCAAGCCAUCUUAGAACCUCUAACGUUUGUCAACCCUGGCCGGUCCGAAAUGUACGCUUCGUCAAGGUUGUAUUGCACAAAACUGAAACUUACGCUCUUUGAAUAGUAUUUUGUGUGUGUGCUUUCAAUGCACGCACGUCACUUGGUAGUUCCCAGGCCCUUUGGGAACUCCUGCACGCUGGGUAGCACAACCGGGAGGGUAGGCUCUUCAUGUAUGGUGUUUAUUGUGUACCAUUCAAUGAUACACUUGACCUCUCAACCUACAUUCACGAUGGUCGCAUCCGACAAAUAGUAAGCAUCGUUUAAGUUGUCCAACCAUUUUCUCUCCAUUAAAUUAAUGCUUAGAAGUUUAUAAGUUAUACAACCAUUUCUUCAUUAUUACAUUAACUGCUGUAAGCUUUGAAGUUUGACAGCCACUUUAUCAUUAUUAAAUUAUGUGGGGCUUUUUCCACUUCGUGGUAUUUGAAGAAAUCAGCUUGUUUAUGAACUGGCUAAGUAAGCAGGGUUCCUUAAAGUAUCACUAUGUUAAGUAGCUAAAGCUUUGUAGGUUAAACAAAUAAAAUGUCAAAAACUAUU